CGACAAUCAAAGAGGAUAGGACAUACGGGAAAAAUUACAGAAUUCACAAAAAGAAAAGAUGGCUUCAAAUAUCUUAAAUGCAAAGGCACCUGUUUCAAAGAGGGGGAAUGCGUAUGAGUGCGUAAGGUGCCAGACUACCAAGCCAGUGAUCAACUCUUACAAAUACGUCGUCAAUCAUAUCAGAAAACAACACUUGCUGGCCACACAGUGUCCAUAUUGGUGCACCCUGUGUGAUUACAGGUGUGACACACAGGAAGAAUUAGCGAAGCAUGUUGAUACAUAUCCUGUACACAAGAAGAUAGUGGGUAUCCAAAAAACAUCAGGAGUUACCAUCAACCCUGACAGUUUCUUUGGACACAAUGACAUGCCUUAUUUUAUAUCCAGUGAUGACAUUGUGGCCUUCAGCAAAGACAAAAGCCAGGAGCAUUACAGCCAAAAAAGAAAGGAAAAUGGAAGGACAGUGGCGCGUACUGUGGAGGAGUGCCUUAAAGUGCCAGAAGCAAAUACUCUGAGUCAGCAGAUACUGGCAGUUCUGCCAUAUUCUGAGGAAAGGGAUGAGAUGGGAGAAUAUGAUGCUGUUACAGUUGCUUCAGGUGAUUUGGACAAUACUGAGGUGGUGCAUGUGACUACAGUUGUUGAAACACCAAGAGUAGAUUCCGACAAUUCUUCAACAACAUCAUCUUCAACCUCAUCCAAAUCUACGUCCAAAGAGGAAAUGGACAAGCAAAUGCAAAACUUAACUUCCCAACUGAAUAAGAACUUGAAAGAAGCAUCGAAAUUUAUUAACAAGAGUUUCAAACUAGGGGAAGAAAAUGUGAAGCAAUUAACCUCAAUGGUCGGGGAACAAACCAAGGCUUUUAAUAAAAUGGCUAAUGAACUAAAAGGGUUAAACCAAUGGUUAAGAGAUAACAAUGGAAAAAAAACUGCAGAUAAAGACAACAGAGAAACUAGAGAAAAUAGGGAUAAUAUGGAUAAUAGGGACAAUCAUAGAGACAGCAGAGAAUACCGAGAUUAUAGAGACAGAAUAAAUCAUCCAUAUAGAUAGAUAAAUACUCAA